AUGAUCUCUUCGAGUUGCUGGGUUCCGAGAGGCUUUGCAGCUGAAUUUCCUGAACAGUAUGAAUUGGACGAUGCUGAAAUGGAGAGAAUCACCCAGAUGGCCCAGUUGGAGUUAUCAGAUGCGAAAGCAGACCUUAAAGAGGCCCAGGAGAGGGAGAAAGGUCUCAAACUGGAGGAAGACAUUGAUGACGAUUUAAAAGAAUACAAUCUAGAUACCUACGAUGAUGACGAUGAGGAGGACGGUGAAACUGUCUCCAUGUUCCCUGGUCUCACUAACACUGAUGCCUCUUAUAAAGAGAACGAGGAAGGUGAUGGGUACCUUUCCUUGCCAACCGAAGUCGAACAGAAACAGGAGAAACAAGAAAUGCAGAUCUACCCAACUGACAACUUGGUGUUGGCAACAAGAACUGAAGAUGAUGUUUCUUACCUUGAUGUCUAUGUGUAUGAUGACGGUGCUGGAGCCCCCGAAGGCAGUGAGCUUGAGAAGGGUGACGAGUUGGACGAUGACGUUGCCCAGGGUAUGGAGAGAGAAUCGAACUUGUACGUGCACCACGACUUGAUGUUGCCAGCAUUCCCACUUUGCGUGGAGUGGGUGAACUUCCGGCCAGGAACCAAUGCUGAAGACAGCUCUUCGAAUAUAGGCAACUUUGCCGCCAUUGGUACUUUCGAUCCACAAAUCGAAAUCUGGAAUUUGGACUGUAUUGACAAGGCUUUCCCGGACUUGAUCUUGGGUGAGCCCCAAAAGAACUCCUUCCAGUCAUUGCUGAAGAAGAAGAAAAAGAAGAGCAAAGGUAAGUUCGUCUCUACCCACCACACGGACGCUGUGUUGUCUUUAGCUCAUAAUAAAACUCACAGGACAGCUUUGGCAUCCACUUCUGCUGACAAGACUGUGAAGCUCUGGGAUCUUUCUCAGGGUGUAGCCGUGAGGUCCCUCAACUCAGUGCAUCAGGGUAAAACUGUGUCUCUGAGUCAGUGGCAUUCGCAGGAAGCUUCAAUUUUGUUGACCGGUGGUUACGACGGUGCGUGUGGUAUUACUGACGUCAGAAUCUCUGACGAUAACCAAAUGACCAAAGCAUACUCUGUUGGUGGUGGCCAAGAAGUAGAGAACGUGAAGUGGGGAGCUCAGCCAGAGAUCUUUUACUGUGGUACGGAUGCCGGUAACGUGUACUGCUUUGAUGUGAGAUCGCAAGAUAAGCCGCUCUGGACAUUGCAUGCCCACGACACUGGGAUCUCCUCAUUGGAUGUCAGUGCCAACAUACCAGGUAUGUUGAUCACAUCUGCAAUGAGCGAGAAGUUGGUCAAGCUCUGGAAAGCGCCAACGGAACCCAAGAAGGGCCCUUCCAUGGUGUUGUCUAGAGAUUUUGGUGUAGGUAACGUACUUACAUGCUCUUUUGCCGGUGAUAUCGAGGUUGCUGGUAACUUGACUGUUGGUGGUGCUUCAGGAUCGUUAAAGAUGUGGGACUGUCUUUCGAACAAGUCUGUGAGAAAUUCCUUCAAGGACGAGUUGAAGGACCUUCAAAGAAGAGCCAGGGCUGAGGCCCAGGAGCGUGGCCGUGCAUCCAGAAUUGCCAGAAAGUAUAACGGAGACGCCAAGGAGACGUUAAUGAGCGCAGAAGCAGGAGGUUUUACCGAUGAGGAGGACUCGGAUGUCGAGGGAGACGCAGGCAUGGAGGAGUAA